CGAGCAUGAAAAAUAGCAAUUAUGUCUUCUUAUGAACGCUAACUUUUUUUUUUUUUUGAGGUGACGGUUAGUUUGGUUAGCUGAUUUACCGGAAAGACUGCACGGGUAAUCGGUGUGCCUCUGCUAUCAUUCAAAGAUUUCUAGUUUAGGAUCAACCUAGUGGCGCACCCUGUCGUCUCGAUUUUUCAUAUAUGCGUUGUCAAUUUAUUCGAAAUCCCGAACUGCAAAAGCUUUAUUUGCUUCCGUUCCAUUUGGGCAUUGAGUGCGCAUGCGCGGAGCUUCAACAUCGCGUAUUCGUGAAUACACGCCAGUUAGUUGGCAUCGCAACAUCAGGCAUGGCUUACGGAAGAAGCAACGAAUAUACGCCUGCAGUGUUCAGCUUCACAGACGAAGCAACGCCAAGCGCAAACCGUGGCAACCAGGGUGCUUCUUCUUUUGGCGCCUACCCAACCAUUUCUGACGACACCUGGCAUUACCAGUGGAACACACAGCCCAGGCCAAUAACGCGCGGGGCUUACGACGUCGGCGGUGUCAUUGACAAUGCAAGCACUACUUACCUGCUUCUGGGGUCCAGCAGCAGCAUCGAUCAUGAAAGGUCCAGCACAAGCCGCGCUGGCAUAGAAGAAUCAACACCAAUUUUAGAAGAUGGCGCCACAAUUCCUCAGGCAACCUGUGUUGACCAGUGGAACACGCAGUACCAGCCGGCUGAUGGCACAUCCACCGACUGUGGGCAUACACCCAACACAGACACCGGAACCACUCGUUUCACACAUCCGGUGUACAGCAGCCUAGUGGCCAGCACAAGCUAUGCGCGCAUGGAGGAAUCAUCGGACACUUUCGGAAGAUACGCUAGGAAUGCUACUGGAACAGGAGGAAUGGAACAGCAAGAGUUGUCCUUUGCGUGUGCCAAUGUUUCCAGCAGACAGGAUGCAUUACACGGGCACGCCAACGAACACACGAGCGAUACUGCCCACACUUGCAGAGCAUGUGAUCAAUCGUCUGUGAAGGUGUAUAAGUUUGUAGAACAUUGCCGGAACCGCAGGGGCAAAAAACACAAAUGCAAAACCUGUGAUAAGCUGUUCAACCGGGCUGAUUAUCUAGCUAAACAUUACCGCACGCACACGGACGAGAGACCCCACAAAUGCAAAAUCUGUGAUAAAUCGUUCCGGCAGUCUGCUCAUCUAGAUAGGCAUAAGCGCAUACACACAGGUGAGAAAGCCUACCUUUGCAAAAUAUGCGGUAAAUCAUUCACGCGGGCGGAAAUUCUUCGUAAUCAUCAGCACACGCACGCAGAGUAGAAACGCCGUCUGGGAAGUCUGGGAAGUAUUCAAAGUUCGUAAAACAUUGCCGGAAGAGUAGAGGCGACCACCACAAAUGCGAAACCUGCGGUCGAA